ACGAACUGCAAUGUUUUUUUUUCAGUCCGUACUAAGCAAACAUAUCUGUAAGUGAAUGUAAUGCAAGUGAGGUAAAAAAAUGGGUUCUGAUCACUUUGUAUUUUAGUUGUUGAAUUGAUGCAGAGUCCGGAGGCAAUGAAUGCAGCUGCUGCCAAAGACUUAAAACCCUAAAAUCCAAAUCCAAAAACCCCACUUCUAAUUUAUAUUUUACCCAUUUCGGCUCCGGUUUUCUCUCACCCUCUAGUUGUUGAAAGUCUUCUUCUUUACUCUCUCUUUCUUCCUCGGUUCCUGGUUAUUCCAAGUGAUUAAUUCACACAAUUCUAAGAGCUUCAGAGCUCUGCAUUUUCCGUGCAAUUGUUUUUUGAGGGUUGGAGGGGGGAAUAAGGAAUACCCGGAAGGGAUUCGUUGGGAAAUGGACUCUAGAGAAGUUCGUCAUCCACCAGGACCACCACUACAGGUACAACCGCCGCAGCCCUUGAUGAUGGGUCACAACUCUUCUUACCCCACCAGCUCUGCCAUGAUCGCUGCCAACCCCAUUCAUACCAUUCCCGCACGCUUCCCCUUCAACCCCCUGGCUCCGCACCCAGCCCAGCAACAGAAGCCGAUCGAUUCGCUUGGUUCUGCUGGCUUUGAUGGAUCGCCGCAGAUGGGGUAUAAUACGGACCCGACGAAGAAGAAGCGAGGACGGCCUAGGAAGUACCCUCCUGAUGGGAACACUUCCCUGCAGUUGGCGACCACGUCUCCUUUUCCGUCCUCCUCCUCAAAUCACGCAGACUCUGUUGGGCUCGGGAACAGUGGCGGCGCUGCUACCCCUGCCUCCUCGGAACCCUCCUCUAAGAAGAACCGAGGAAGGCCUCCUGGAUCAGGAAAAAGGCAAUUGGAUGCUCUAGGAGGAACUGGAGGGGUAGGAUUUACGCCGCAUGUAAUAACGGUGCAAACAGGGGAAGACAUAGCAGAAAAAAUUAGGGCUUUCUCUCAGCAAGGGCCACGCUCAAUUUGUAUUCUAUCUGCAAAUGGUGCUGUCUGCAAUGUUACACUUCGCCAGCCCACAUCGUCUGGUGGUAAUGUGACAUAUGAGGGCCGAUUUGAAAUUAUUUCUUUAUCAGGUUCCCUCCAUAUUUCUGAUAUUGAUGGUAAUCAUCGUGGUGCUGGGCAUUUAAGUGUGUCUUUGGCGGGUUCAGAUGGUAGAGUAUUAGGUGGUGGAGUUGCAGGGAUGCUAACAGCAGCUUCAGCAGUGCAGGUCAUUGUGGGUAGCUUUUUAGCUGAUGGGAAAAAACAGAAUUCAAACUCAAAUGUUCUGGUAUCUGCACCUCCUUCACUACCCCGGAUGUUGAAUUUGGCUGCACAGAGAACAUCAGCCAGCACUCCCUCUCAAGGGGCUUCAAGCGAAUCUUCUGAUGAGAAUGGUGAUGGUGGUAGCCCAAAUCAUCGAGUCCAGACGUUUUACAGUAAUGCUGCCACUCCAUCCAUUCAUGAUAACGGGAUGCAGAUGUACCACUCUUUUUGGGCCAACCACCAUCCAUAAUAAAAGUGCUUGCUGUUUACAUGUCAACAGUACAGUCUACAGAGCCUUUGCAUAUCAACUACUCCGUGCCUGCUCCCAUAUAGCUCUUAGAAGUCAACACCAAAUGACAACAUACAUUAUCGAGUAGAAAUCAUGGAGGAUCUUCUCCUUUUACUACUACCUAUUAUUUCCCCCCUUUUUUUGGCUUCUAGAUCAAGCCCCUUGCACUACAUUCUAGAGCUCCUCCUGAUUAGAACAUGAAUAUUGUUCAUAGCUAAAACAUCCCACAAAUUUCCUAGAAUCCGAGCUUAAUUAUAAUUAUGAAUUCUCCUUUUUUUUUCCCCAUUAGUGCUUGCUAUUGUUAGGUUCAAGUUUUUAACUUGCUUCUUCAGGAUAUGAAUGUUAUUGGCUAUUGUUCCAUAUCAGCCAACCAUUGUUAACUUGAGUCCAAUCCUCUUUGCUUUCUUCUAAUUAUUACUCCCUUCUCUCUCUGGCCGUUGUGUUGGCCUAUUCAACUUCACCUUCGUCAAACCCCCCCUCACCUCCCAAACUCUGAAACUCCCUUCUUUUUUCUUAUAUAAACCCUUGUUUUUCACUUUUUCACAAGUCAUAAACAAAGUUUAUCCAUCUUUAGUCUUCUCUUUAGGUUUG